UUAAACUUUCGUUAACCAUGUGGUUAACAGACGUGGGAAUAAAUAGGGCGGUGAUGACAUUUCCACUCUAAGAAUUCUAGGAAGGCAUUCAUGCGUGAAAGAUGGAAAAUUGCAGCGAUAAUUACACCAACAGUAUUCCAAAUGUCGCUCAAAACAUAGAAGAUCUAGGUGGUUGGGUUUCUGUAGGAUAUAUUGGAGUAGUCACAUCUUCCCUUUUGCUUUGUCUCUAUUUGUACAAUGUGUGCAUUUAUAUUAUGGAGAACCCGUCAUGGGCGAGAAGACACCAAGCCUGGAUUACGUCCCUUCCAAUGGCAAUCUCAUUUCUUUCAUUGGCAUCGUUUUUCGUUCCUCGAGCCGCCGUCACUUGCGAUGCUGUCAAAUUCACAUACAUGCUAUUUAUUGUGGUGCAGUUCGUUGAAACUACAUUCGUUGUUUGCGGCGGCGAGAAAGUUCUGCUAGACGAUUUGAUUCGUCAAAAUGCUCAGUGGUAUUGGUUGACGCUACCGUUUCGCAUAGUACAGUUCUUUCCCUUCAUUAUCACCAAAAAUCUGCUACGCUUGAUCGUUGGGCUGAUUUAUCAGGCCUUCGUCUCCCAGUUGCUGUUGACCAUUCUAAUGGCCGUACUUGAACACGCUGAAGUCCUGCAACGUGACGCGACUAAUGUAGCCUUUGGGACCAUUCUUGGUUUGAACAUUUUUACCUUAACUGUGGGAUUGUUCUUCUUCAAUGUUCUCAUUGUUGGUCUCAGUUCCCAUUGUGACUGUUCCUGGCCUAAAUGUCGCUGUUCUAAACGUCCAUCAUCCCUCGAGUUGAAAUGGCCAAAGUUUAUGGAGAAAUACUACGCACUUCUUUGCUUCAUUGGUUUCCAAAAGGCUCAUAGCCCUUUAAUCAGCAUUUUUACUUUCACCAAUUAUGAAUCUCCAAUUCUUACAUGGAACACACUCGACGCGAUGGCAUCGAUGCUUGAAGCUUUCAUUUUUGGCAUACUCUUUUUCUGCUUCUUUAAAGAUGUCGUUGACGAUCCAAAUACUCACACCAAUGAUUCAGCCGCUAAUGUCGUCGAAGAGCCGCUUGUAACUCAGCGACCAGCCAUCAACGAAUUAGUCCAUGAAACUGUUUUUUAAAAAGUGCCAAAAUUUAAUGCCAUGACUUACAUUCUGUGAAUUUCGCCAAAAGAAGAGUGUUCUAUGGAACUAAAAAAUGCCCCAUUUGUUCCAAAUAUCGAUUAGAAGCAAAUGAAUUCUUAUUAUUACCUUAUUUACUCAAAUGUUACUUACUAUUUAUGUUUUUACUUACUAAAUUUUCGCUCAAAGUGGAUGAUAUCAACUGUUUAUCAAUACAAAUUUUCGCAAAUUU